AUGGGGAUGUUGAUGAUGAUGGUGAUGAUGGUGAUGGUGAUGACAAUGAUGAAGAUGGGGAUGGUGAUGGUGGUGAAGAUGAUGGUGGUGAAGAUGAUGGUGGUGAAGAUGGUGAUGGUGAAGAUGGUGAUGGUGAAGAUGGUGAUGAUGGCAAUGGUGAUGACCACAAUGAUGGUGAUGGGGAUGAUGACGGUGGUGAUGACGAUGGUGAUGACGGUGAUGGGGAUGGAUGGCCACGAUGGCAAUGACGGUGACAAUGGUGCCGAUGGUGACAACGGUGGUGCCGGCGCGGCGUCUGGGCAGGCCUGGGAGCGGCUGGAGAAGGCGGAGCACGAGCGGGAGCUGGCGUUGCGCACGGAGCUGAUCCGGCAGGAGAAGUUGGAGCAGUUGGCGGCGCGGUUCGACCGCAAAGCCGCCAUGAGGGAGACGUGGUUGAGCGAGAACCAGCGCCUCGUCUCCCAGGACAAUUUUGGGGCGGACAUGUCGGCGGUGGAGGCGGCGGUGCGUAAACACGAGGCCAUCGAGACGGACAUCGUGGCGUACAGCGAGCGGGUGCAGGCGGGACUUCCCCAAACCUCCUCAGUGACCAUCCCGGGGUUGGGGGGUGGUGGUGGGGAUUUCCUCGCAGGCUACCAACCCUGCGAGCCGGCCGCCGUGCGCCAACGCGUGGCCACGUUGGAGCUACGUUACCGGGAGCUGGUGGACCUGGCGGGACAGCGUCGAGCUCGGCUGGAGGAAUCGCGGCGGCUCUGGAAAUUCUUUUGGGACACGGGGGAGGAGGAAGCUUGGAUGCGGGAGCAGGAACGUCUCCUCUCCUCCGAGGACGUGGGACGGGAUCUCACCAGUUCCCUGCGCCUUCUGAGCCAACACGACGCCUUCCGCGGCGAGCUGAGCGGGCGCGCGGGGCCGCUGGAGCAAGCGCUAGCCCGAGGGCGGAAUUUGGUAGCCGAGGGUGGGUUGGGGGCAAGCGAAGUAGCCCAAAGGGUGCGGGAGAUGGAAGGACGUUGGCGCGCCUUGGCCGAGCUGGCGGCUCAACGCGAGCGACGCCUGCGGGAAGCCGCCGGGUUCUUCCAGUUCCAGGCGGAGGCGGCGGACACGGAGGUCUGGUUGGAGGACGCCAUGAGGUUGGCGUCCAGCCCCGAGUUGGGCCACGACGAAUAUUCCACCCGUAGCCUGGCCCGGCAGCACCGGGAGGUACAAGAGGAGGUACGGAGUCACCGUCCCACCAUCGACGCUUUGCACGAACAAGCCGGUGCUCUACCGCCGGCUUUCGCCGACGCUCCCGACGUGACCGGUCGGUUGCCGGAGUUGGAGAGACGUUACCAAGAGUUGGCGGCGCGAGCGGAACGGCGUCGGCAGGACCUGCAGGACGCCCUCAGCCUCUACACCAUGCGCAGCGAAGCGGACGCCUGCGGGUUGUGGGUGGGCGAGAAGGAGCAGUGGUUGCACGCCAUGGACGUCCCCGAGAAGCUGGAGGACCUGGAGGUGGUGCAGCAACGCUUCGAGACGUUGGAACCGGAGAUGAACAACCUGGCGUCCCGCGUGGCCGCCGUCAACCGCAUCGCCGACCAGCUGCUGGCCACCGACCAGCGCAACCAGGAGAGCAUCCGGGCCACCCGCGAGCAGCUCAACGCCAGGUGGGAUCGGUUCCGGGCUCUGGCCGACCAGAAGAAGGAGGCGUUGACGUCGGCCCUGAACAUCCAGAACUACCACCUGGAAUGCAACGAGACCACGUCCUGGAUGCGGGAGAAGACGAAGGUCAUCGAGUCGACGCAGGGUUUGGGCAACGACUUGGCCGGCGUCAUGGCCUUGCAGCGCAAGCUCUCGGGCAUGGAGCGCGACCUGGAAGCCAUCCAGGGCAAAGUACGGGAUUUACGAGCCGAAGCGGAGAAGUUGGCGGCCGAACACCCGGAACAAGAACCGGCUAUCUUCGGCCGGUUGUCGGCCAUCGAGACGGUGUGGGAGGAGUUGCGCCGUAGCUUGCGGCGAAGGGAGGAGUCGUUGGGGGAGGCCAGCAAGCUGCAGGGCUUCUUGAGGGACCUGGCCGCCUUCCAGGCGUGGCUAUCCCGCACCCAAACGGCCGUGGCCUCCGAGGACGUACCGGCCACCUUGGCCGAAGCCGAAAGGUUGUUGAGUCAACACGAAAGCAUCCGUAAGGAGAUCGCUCACUACGGCGACGACUACCGCAGCACCAGAGCCGUGGGGCGGGAGGUGACGCAAGGACAGACGGACGCCCAGCACGUCUUUCUCCAUCAGCGCCUGGAAGCUCUGGACACGGGUUGGGAAGAGCUGGGGAGGAUGUGGGAGAACCGGCACCACCUCCUCUCCCAAGCUUUCGCCUUCCAGGUCUUCCUCCGAGACUCCAAGCAGGUCGAGGGUGUCCUCAGCACUCAG